GGCGGGCAGCGGGCGGGGGCUGCCGAGCCCCGCCGCCGGAGCCACGGCACCGCCGCAGCCCGCGGAGGGCUCUGCCUCGCUGCUCUUUAUUUGUUUUGCCUCCCCUCUUUCUUUUUUGUCUGGGGUUUCUUUUGGGUGAUUUUUUUUUUUCCCUCAAAGAAAAUUAUUUUUUUUAAAUCGCGUUUUCCACCCCCCCCUUCUCCUCGUCACUCGCCCGGGCUCUGCGGAAGGAAGAGCCCGCGCUGCCCCGCGGCCGGAGCGCCCCGCGCCCGCCCAGAGGGGCCCCGCGGAUGUGCGGAGCUCCCCCCGGAGCCCUCCCGCCCUCCCGCCGCCUCUUUGUCCUCACCCACCUACAAUCUUAUUUUUUUUUUUUUUGAAUUUUUUUUUUUUCCAAGCAGACCUGAGCAUCACCGGGGGCUGGGAGGGUGGGGGGCCCCGCGGCGCUGCCAGACCGACCCCUGCCCAUCGCUCUUAAGGAACUCUCAUGGCUUCACGGCUGCAGACAAGUUGCCGUGCAUCGUGCUGGACUAUCGGAGUUUGCAUCCUGGCAGCCGCGCUCCUACCAGGGCUGCAAGCUCAGACUGUCUUGGUCAAUGACUCCGUCUCGGGGUUCAUCGGCACGGACGUGGUGCUGCACUGCAGCUUCACCAACCCGCUGCCCAUCGUGAAGAUCACCCAGGUGACGUGGCAGAAGGCCACCAACGGCACCAAGCAGAAUGUGGCCAUCUACAACCCCGCCAUGGGCGUGUCCAUCCUGUCCCCCUACAAGGAGAGGGUGACUUUCCGGAACCCUUCCUUCAAGGAUGGCACCAUCCAGCUGUCCCGGCUGGAGCUGGACGAUGAGGGGGUUUACAUCUGUGAGUUUGCCACCUUCCCAACCGGCAACCGGGAAGGGCAGCUGAACCUCACCGUGCUGGCCAAGCCCACGAACUGGAUGGAGGGCACCAAGAAGCCGCUAAUUGCCAAGUCUGGCAGGACAGAAAAGAUCUUGGUAGCCACCUGCACCUCCUCCAACGGGAAACCCCCCAGCACCGUCACCUGGGACACGAAGCUGAAGGGGGAGGCCGAGUUCCAGGAGAUCCGGAACAGCAACGGCACCAUCACGGUGAUCAGCCGGUACCGGCUGGUGCCGAGCCGCGAGGCGCACCGCCAGCAGCUCAUGUGCGUGGUCAACUACCAGCUGGAGAGGUUCACCGACAGCAUCACCCUCAACGUGCAGUAUGAGCCAGAAGUCACCAUCGAGGGCUUUGAUGGCAACUGGUUCCUGAACCGCAAGGACGUGAAGCUGAUCUGCAAAUCUGAUGCCAACCCCCCAGCUCACACCUACGAGUGGAAGCUGCCAAACGGGACCCUGCCAGGGAGUGUGGAAAUCCAGAACAACACCAUCUACUUCAAAGGGCCAGUGUCCUACAGCGUGGCUGGCACCUACGUCUGCGAGGCCACCAACGCCAUCGGGACACGCUCGGGCCUGGUGGAGGUCAAUGUCACAGAAUUUCCCUACACCCCGUCUCCAAUCGAUGAUCACAAAUCCAUGGUGCAGCCGAACAUCCCCACACCGGUGAUUGGGGGCAUAGUGGGAGGCGUCUCGCUGGUCCUGCUGGUGGCCGUGGUGCUCUUUGUGGUACUCCGGCGCCGGCGUCACACCUUCAAGGGUGACUACAGCACAAAGAAGCACGUGUACGGCAACGGCUACAGCAAGGCUGGCAUCCCACAGCACCACCCCCCCAUGGCCCAGAACCUCCAGUACCCCGACGACUCGGACGACGAGAAGAAGCCGGGCCCCUUGGGCGGCAGCACCUACGAGGAUGAGGAUGAGGAUGCAGGAGCAGAGCGCAAGCUGGGCGGCCCCAAAGCCUACGAGGAGGAUGCCAAGAGGCCUUACUUCACCGUGGACGAGGGCGAGGCCCACCCCGAACCUUACGACGAGAGGACACUCGGCUUCCAGUACGACCCCGAGCAGCUCGACCUGGCCGAGAACAUGGUGUCGCAGAACGACGGCUCUUUUAUUUCCAAAAAGGAGUGGUACGUGUAGCUCCACGCCCCUCUGCUACACUCACACACGCUCACACACACCCCCUCCCUCCCCUGCAUCCCUCCGAGCACACCCACGCACGCCCCGGCCCCGCACAGACUUUUUGGAUGCUGGGGGCCAGCGGGGAGGGAGGGCCCCUGGCUUUGCUUAGGGAUCAUUUUUUGGGGAGGGGGUGGGGCUCUCGUGCGGGAGGGAGGGCGGGAGGUCGGGUAAUUAUUUUCUCUCGGUUUUGGUUUGGCUUUUUAAUUUCUCUCUUCGACGACUUUCGUCCCCUUCUGUGGUGUUUGUAUUGGUCGGUGGCUUAGGUGUUACUCUUUGCUUUAACGACUGUUGCCCAGCCUGUAUAUUACACUCUGUUUGUGUCUUCAUGUCUCAGAGUGCCCUUCCCUCCCCGAGGCUUCCUCCUCCCACUCCCACCCCCCUGAAACACUGGAAAUUUGUUUGUAUGUUGUCUUCUUUGUUUGUUUUUUAACCUUGGGAGGGGGGCAGGUGGGUUGUCCGUAGGACAGAGGCCAGGAGAGUUUUAUGGCAAUGGAAACAUAGGUGCCAUUAUCAGGUGAAUGGAUUUUGGGUUUUUUUUCCCCUAAUCACUUUUUUUUUUGUUUUUUUUGUUUGGUGGGGUCUGGGUGACAUUCCCAUUGCCUGCUGCACGCCUGGAGAGAACCACACUCAGUUUUUAAUGACUCAAUAAAAGGAAAAUGAGGAGAAAAGGGGGAAAAAAACCACCCUAGACCAAACCCCAGGUGUAGGGGCUGAUAGCAGAGCAGGGAAACAAAACUGCCAUUUUCCUCCUCCAAUUUAUUAUCACCUGGCUUUUCAUUUUUCUGUCUUUGUUUGAGUGUUCUUUUAAACGAAAGAAAAGGAGUAUUUAUUGCUGACACUUUCCCCCCUGUGAUGGCUCAGAGAAAGGCUGGCUCUUUUUGUUCUUGUUGCUGUUGUUGUCACUGGUACCAGCCACAGAGCAGUUCACUGGGGCACCACUGGGCCGGGCACAUCCACUGGGGAAGGGACCAACUGAGGACACUUUGCUUCCACACAUUCACUGCCUUCAGCCACGCUCUGCACACCCAGGCAGGGCAGGACCAGCCCCUGAGGUUUAUUUUAUUAUACCACUAAGACUUAAUUGUCAUGUGUUUACACUUUAUUUUUUAUUUUGGUCAGAGCACGGGGGUGCUCUUCUCUCUCUCCCUCUCUCCUAGCAACAGCCCCAGCCCGUGGCUGCACCACGUAGGUGGCAUCGAUUGCCACUUUUCCAAUAUCACAUCCCUCUCCUGAGCACAGGCUUGGCAGACAGGGUAGGAGGGAUUGAGCCUGGGGUAUUGAUCUUUCCCUCCUUGCCUUGAGCCACGGCGUUGUGCUGGGGAGGUUUGGAUUGCUGCUAUCUCUGCUCUGUGAAUAAAUGGGAUUCCAGACUUCAGGGCCCUCUGUCUCACACCGACCAUCUCCAAAUUAGAUUCACUGGGUUGGGGCUUAUUUUUCUUCUUGUGGGUUAUAUUUUUUUUUUUUUUUAAUUCGAUGUAUAAAUAAAUCUUUUGUUUGAAAAGAAAUCCCCAGUUUUCUGAGCUGUAUUAUCAUGCACAUCUAAAAAUAGCAGGACUAAUUCUCCUCCUGCCUUACCCGCUGGGUUUUGUUCCACAGUGGUUAUCCUGCUGCAGAAAGGGAGGAGGCUGGAGAGGCAGACCCACACAGAUGAGUCAAGGUCAGAUCUCUGAUCCAGGCAGCCUCCAAAGCUUUCCUUUCCUGAGAGGUGCUCGGUGCAGACCUCAGCCUGAGCCAUCCUCAGCGUGCUCUGAUUGCAUUAGUGGAGUAGGGCAGUGGGCAAUCCAAUUGUAGGGCUGUAAUCUCUCUGCUGUUCCUGCCAGCCCCUCAGGCUUCCUGGCUUCUGGCACCACUGCCACAUGCCACAGGAAGGCUGCUCUGUGUCCUCCCAGGGCCAGGACAGGCAGAGAGUCCCUCGACAGCCACAUGCCACAGGAAGGCUGCUCUGUGUCCUCCCAGGGCCAGGACAGGCAGAGAGUCCCUCGACAGCCACAUGCCACAGGAAGGCUGCUCUGUGUCCUUCCAGGUCCAGGGCAGGCAGAGAGUCCCUUGACAGCCACAUGCCACAGGAAGGCUGCUCUGUGUCCUCCCAGAGCCAGGACAGGCAGAGAGUCCCUCGACAGCCACAUGCCACAGGAAGGCUGCUCUGUGUCCUCCCAGGGCCAGGACAGGCAGAGAGUCCCUUGACAGCCACAUGCCACAGGAAGGCUGCUCUGUGUCCUCUCAGAGCCAGGGCAGGCAGAGAUUCCCUUGGGAUCCCUCAGGCUGAACCACCCCAGGUCCAUCCACUGCCACCAGGAGCACCCUGCUAGCAGGAAAGCCCCCAAUAAAGGGACUAAAACCUCUUAACAUCUCUCCAGAGCUCUGAUUAGUGAUGAUUAGGGGUGGGAAUGACUUCCCUCCAGUGCCUUGGGAGAGCAGCACACACAGGGCUUUGAUUGCCCCAGAGGGAGAGCCUGUAAUCUGGCUCAGUGUGUGGUGCAGGGAGAAUUCCCAACAAAGUCCCUCUCUGGAGUGAAUAAUCCUUUAGAUCUGAGCCCCAGAGCCAGGCUGGGAGCAGGAUGGUGGCAGUGCAACACCAAGCUCUGGGCAGGCAUCAGCAGGCACCUGUGAGAUCAGUGGCACAGACCCUGCCCUGCAGAUUUCCCCCAGCCCGGGCACACCCUCCGAGGGGGUGGUUUUGCAAGAAAACAAUCUUUUAUAAAACCUGCAGGGUCCUGCAGUGAUUCUUCACGUUGAGGCCACUGCUCAGGUCUGGGCAAUUCCCACUAGGCUGACCCCACAGCUCUGUGUCCUAAAGAACAAAGGUGCCAAGGCUGGCACAAGGGCUUGGGAGAGGUCAGGGCUGCUCCCAAAUUCAGGGUGGCCAAAGGAACCCUAAGAAAUCUGCUUUGGGAGUUGUUUGCUUGCCUUUGAAGGUGUCAUUUUUGGAGCUGCAGCCUCCUUGGAUAAUUUAUUGCCCUUUCACACACUGUCCACUGAGUGAGGGCUCACAACCCCAGUGGGAGCCAGGGAAAGGAAAGCAGAGAGUGGAGCAAAGUGGGAUUUCCAAGCUGGAGCCUGUACACCAUUCCCUUCCUGCUGCAGCACUUUUUUCUGCCCUUUUUGCACCAGCCCAAAUUUAGGACUUAGCUCAGCCACUUACCUGCUCAGAGUGGUUGAGAAAAGGGGUCAGAUGAUCAUUUUUCAUCCAGAACCUGGAGUGGAAGAUCCUUAAACAGCGUUGCCUGGCACAGCAGCGAGGCACCCUGCGAGUUCAAGGCUCAGUGCUGCAUUUCUCUCAUCCUUGAGCUCUUCAGCAUUGCUCCCCUGGUGCAAUUAUCACCUCAGCCAUGGAGAAAUGCCACCUCUGUGCUGUCAUUUGCUUCUUGCUGUCCCUUGCAAGGUCAGCUAGAUGGCCAAGAGACUCUUGGGGUGGUAAUUAGCCAAGUGAUUAGCCAUUAAUCCAUAGCAAGGUGGAAGAGAAAAGAAGUGUGGGGGAAGAAAAUCAGAUUGAUGCUUCAUCUGAGAGCUGUUUUUGGUCCAGUAAUAGCAUCACUGCCUUCUCUGGGUUAAAUUGCUCUGAGGGGACCCUUGAAGGGAAUUAGAUGAGUUUUUCCAGCAUCACCAAGCAGAAAGUGAGCCCUGUUCCCACCUGAGUGCAGGGGUGAGCUCAGGACAGAGGCCAAAGUGAAGAACCACGUGCAUCCUGCAGGGAGGGAAUGAGCUGGGGCUGUGCAGGGCUCAGCAGCAGGGCCAGCCUGGGCUGGUCUUUGCUCUGCUGAUGGUGUCACCUGUCCCUUUGUGCCCCCAUUUCCCUCAGAGGGCAGAUUCUGUCAGGCUGGGGUGCCACACGUGAGCUGGGCCACCUCUCUGGGACCCUCAAGUGAAAAAUCCCCUGCUUGUCCCACCCCCCUUUCACCAGAGGUGCUGAGGAGGUGGAAAUGCCCUGUGGGACUGGGCAAAGGAUGAGUGGGAGCUUCCAGCUGGGAGAGGGAGGCUGUCCUCUCCAGCUCGGUGCUGGGGAGCUGCUGCUCUGCAGGACACGGCCCAUCUCACACCAGUCCCAAACUGGUGAGGCCCCCAGGGCUGGGUUUCUGCCAGGGGAACACUCUCACCCUGCUGGGGCUCAGUGCCUCAUCACCUGCCCUGGCAGGGAUCCCUAGCCAGGAGCAGAGACAUCAGCCUGGUGCUUUUCCCUCUUCCCAGCCUCAUCCUGGCUAACAAAGGUACCUCAGGGGGGUGGGGAGGCUGAGCAGGCAGGGAGAGAGCUCAGUGACCCAAAAUUCAGGUGAAUUUGGGCCAAUCCCCCAUUUCCUUCCCAGUGUGAGUUCAGGGAGCUGUGCAAGCAAACAGAGCUGUGUCACAGCCCACAUGAGCCCGUGCUUUAGGUACAAAGACACCCCAGCUGUUUCCCUGCUGGGGCUUUUCUCCAGAAUUAUUCAUUGCAAUUCACCCUAGUGAUGUUAUUUUCCCUUAUUUAAUUACCAGGUUUGUUGGGUUUUUUUUUCCCCUGUUAAAUUAUUCUCAUUCAAGCAGGGAAAAAAAAAAAAAAAAACAACCAACCUGAAGAUUUCCUCAUGAAAUAAAUCAACAAACUGAGAUGGUUGCACCAAAUUGACUGCAAAGACAUGAGGGACAAAGGGAGCCAUUUUCCUGAUGUUGAGUCAAAAAGAAACACAGCAACAGUUCAGCAAAACUCAGGGAGGGUUAGGGAGAGAGAGACUCCCCAGAUUGAUCUGGAGGUGAUCAGAGAAGGGAGCGUGAUUGGAACGGGGCUGCUGCUCUGCUUGGCUCUUUCCCUUGGCUGUGCACAAGCUCACACACGCACACUCACAGAUUUUGGGGUUUGGGGAGCAGAUUAGAUGGAGGGGAAAGCCCCACUGCCCCUGUGGGGCUCAGCUGUGUCACUCCUGCAGGCUCUGAGCCUCCCAGUGAGGACCUGGGGUUAGUCCCAGCUUGCCAGCAGGUUAAAACCCAGAAAGAAAUUUAAAAGAAACUUUCAAGUUUCCCUGCAGCUCUGCUGUUGCAGCACUGCAGUUUGGGCUCUGUGCAGGCUGUGGGGACAGGGGACACUGCCAGCACGGGGUGGCUGCUGCCUGUUCUUCACUGGUGAGCUGUGGGGCAGCCCCUCACCCUGCCACCCCCUUCACCCCAGGGAAACCUGCUGCCACUUUGGGCUUUUCCCUGGGGUGAGCAGGGGAAUCCCUGGAGGGUGGGAAGGUCCUGGGUCCUUCCCAUCCACCCCAAACUCCCCCGGAGUGGGGCCAAGGGCAGAGCAGGGGGGCUCAGCCCAUCAGCCAGGGGAGGAAAGCCAAGCCUAAAGCUGAGCUUGGCUUUGGGUCUGGGGGGUUCCCUGGGUGAAUGUAAGGAGCACACGGGGUCAGGUCCUCUGCUCUUGGUGGAGGGACUCUCCUUGAGGGUCUGCAUUUUCCUUUCUUUGGCCUUUCUCUUUUUUUAAAACAUGAUUCCUCAGCUCCAGUGAUUUUAUCUCUCUUUUUCUUCGUCCUCUGGCUGUAAUGAUCAUUGUGGAAUUCAAACUGCAGACAGACAAACAAACAACCCCAACCCCACUUGUUUUUUCUUUGAUUUUUUUUUCUUUUUUUUAUUUUGUAAUCUGUGUUGUAAGUGCUUUUGUAAAAAAUAAAAAAUAAAAAUAAUAAUAAUAAUAAUGUAAUGGACUUUCAUGAUUUCGGUUUGGGGUUUUUUUCUGGGUUUUUUUAUUUUCUUUUUUUUGAGGAUUUUUUUGGUUUUGUUUUUUUGUUUUGUUUCAUUUUGUUUUCCAUCCUUUGUAAUUUGUUCAUUUUGAGUCCUGGGUUGGGGAGGGGGGGAUAUUUUCAUGAUUAUAAUUUGUGUGGGUGGGGUGUUGCAUCACCCUUCCUUUUACUUGUAUAAAAAAACCAAUAGUGGCUGAGCUGUGGAAAAAAAAAAUGUACUUUUUUAUAAAUAAAGAAUUUUAAAAAAAGA